AUAACAUUCCAGAUCGUGACCCGGAAAGAUCCUACAGGGUUCCAGAACUAAUAAAACAUAUUGGGUGCAUCUCAAUAGUGUAAAGAAGCCCUUUGUCUGAUCCAACACGACUUGAUAGGUGAAAUCAAUAUGAAACCCACCAAUAAUGACCCAACACAUCCAUAGCUACGCAUCUAACUUCCCUAACAUAGUGUUGUCUAUCACCUAUCCCCAGGAAAUCACGCAAAACCAACCCAACUGUCCUCUUAGUGAGCGUCUGCGUGUGUCUCCUGAUCUUCACCCUCCUCUUCGUGUUUGGAGUGGACAACCCUCAUAAACAGCUGGAGAAACCUGAAAUACAGGAGGACAACAUUGUCCCCUCGUCCGACACACACACAGAGCGGGACAGAGGCCCCUGUACUGCAGUCACAGUCCUGCUGCAGUACUUCCUGUUGGGGACGUUCACCUGGAACACGCUGUACGCCACACAUGUCUUCCUGAUGAUCAGAAACAGCCUGGCCACCAGCCCGUCACACUUCACAGCCUAUACCGUGGCCAUCGGAUGGGGACUGCCUGCGGUUGUGGUGGCCCUCACCUUAGGAAUUAGUUACAGAGUGGAUGAUCCACUGGGUUACAGGCAGGAGGAAUUUUGCUGGCUUGCUGCCCUCGAUCCAAAGGGGAACUUUGACUUCAAGCUGCCAAUGUUUUGGGGGUUCCUGAUCCCUGUGGCGUUCAUGCUUAUCUUCAACAUGGUGGUGUUGGUAUAUUUUGCAGUUACCACAUCCAAGACCAACCCACAUAUAACCAGUACAAGACACACAUCGAUGAAGAAGAAGUUCCUCAGUAGCUUUUCUCUGGCUGUGGUGCUCGGUCUCUCCUGGAUCCUGGGCUAUCUGUUGCUCAUUACACAGAACCAGACCAUGUACACCAUACUCAACAUCUCCUUCUGUGUACUCACCACCACUCAGGGCUUGCAGAUUUUCGUUCUGUUCACAGCAAGAACAGCAAUUGUCAAGAAAAAGAUGUCAAGUGCUUUGAAAUCUGUCUCUAGCGCUGGGAUCCCUCUUCACACCAAGAAGUUCAGUCUAUGGCGAGGCGAGCAAAGUGAAAAAGUAGAUUCAUACACACAGCUGGACACUGAUCUGUCAUUUCCACCUUGUUCCUCACAGACAUCUAACUGAUGGGCUGCAAGUUCAACCUCUGUUGGAAAAUAUCUCAUGUACCUCCACUAUUAUCCUAUAAUAUACAUUAUAAUAUACA